GUUGCAGGGCAAACUCCUCGGAUGAAACCAAGUGGUAGACCUGAAAUAUACCAAUGUACCCACUGUAAAUAUACAACAGCUACACAAAUAUGGUUCAUCAGGCAUUUGAAAAAACAUACUAAUGCGAAAUCAUACAAGUGUGAACACUGUAGUUAUGCUAGCAGCAUUAGAGGUAAUUUGAAGGUUCAUCUAAGAACACACACUGGCGACAAGCCUUACAAAUGUGACCAGUGUAGUUAUGCUAGCAGAAGUAAAUGUACUUUGAAAGUUCAUCUAAGAACACACAUUGGCGACAAGCCUUACAAAUGUGACCAGUGUAGUUAUGCUAGCAGAAGUAAAUGUACUUUGAAAGUUCAUCUAAGAAAACACACUGGUGAAAAACUUUACAAAUGCCACCAGUGUAGUUAUGCCAGCAGCCAGAAAGGUGGAUUGAAAGUUCAUCUAAGAACACACACUGGCGAUAAGCCUUACAAAUGCCAACAGUGUAGUUAUACCUGUGCCCAAAAAGGACUUAUGAAACGUCAUAUAAGAAAACACACUGGCGACAAGCCUUACAAAUGCGAGCACUGUAGUUAUACUAGCAGCGAUAGUGGUAAUUUGAAGGUUCAUGUAAGAAAACACACUGGCGUAAAACCUUACAAGUGCAAGUACUGUAGUUAUGCAUGUGUAAAAAAAGCAAUAUUGAAUGUUCAUGUAAGAACACACACUGGUGACAAGCCUUACAAAUGCCACCAGUGUAGUUAUGCUAGCAGUCUGUCAAGUUAUUUGAAGGUUCAUCUAAGAAAACACACUGGUGAAAAACCUUACAAAUGUGAACUAUGUAGUUAUGCUAGCAGCCAUAAAAGUCAAUUGAAGCUUCAUAUAAAAAGACACACUGGCGACAAGCCUUACAAAUGUGAGCAGUGUAGUUAUGCUAGCAUCCAGAAAGGUCAAUUGAAAGUUCAUCUAAGAACACACACUGGCGACAAGCCUUACAAAUGCCACCAGUGUAGUUAUGCUAGCAGUUAUAAAAGUGAUUUGAAGGUUCAUCUAAAAAGACACACUGGUGAAAAACUUUACAAAUGUGAGCAGUGUAGUUAUGCUAGCAUCCAGAAAGGUCAAUUGGAAGUUCAUCUAAAAACACACACUGAUGAAAAACCUUACAAAUGCCACCAGUGUAGUUAUGCUAGCAGUCAUAAAAAGUGUUUGAAGGCUCAUCUAGAAAGACACAUUGGCCAGAAGCCUCACAAAUGCCACCAAUGUAGUUAUGCUAGCAGCAAUAAAGGUAAUUUGCAAGUUCAUCUAAGAAAACACACUGGCGAAAAACCUUACAAAUGUGAGGUAUGUAGUUAUGCUAGCAGCCAUAUAAGUCAUUUGAAGGCUCAUAUAAAAAUACACACUGGUGAAAAACCUUACAAAUGUGAGCAGUGUAGUUAUGCUAGCAUCCAGAAAGGUCAAUUGAAAGUUCAUCUAAGAACACACACUGGCGACAAGCCUUACAAAUGCCACCAGUGUAGUUAUGCUAGCAGUUAUAAAAGUGAUUUGAAGGUUCAUCUAAAAAGACACACUGGUGAAAAACUUUACAAAUGUGAGCAGUGUAGUUAUGCUAGCAUCCAGAAAGGUCAAUUGGAAGUUCAUCUAAAAACACACACUGAUGAAAAACCUUACAAAUGCCACCAGUGUAGUUAUGCUAGCAGCCAUAAAAGUCAUUUGAAGGCUCAUCUAAAAAGACACACUGGUGAAAAACUUUACAAAUGUGAGCAGUGUUGUUUUGCUAGUACCCGCAAAGGAAAUUUGAAUGCUCAUGUAAGAACACACACUGGUCACAAGCCUUACAAAUGUGAACUGUGUAGUUAUGCUAGCCGUACUAAAGGUUCUUUGAAGGUUCAUCUAAGUAGAAUCCAUUUAAAGAAACACACUGGAGAGAAACAAUACAAAUGUGGCCACUGCAGCUAUGCUAGUGAUGACAGAGAUGUUGUACGAAAACAUGAAAUUAUACACGAUGAUGAAAAGCGUCACACUGGAGAGAAACAAUACAAAUGUGGUCACUGCAGCUAUGCUAGUGAUGACAAAGAUGCUGUACGAAAACAUGAAAUUAUACACGAUGAUGAAAAGCGUCACACUGGAGAAAAACAAUACAAAUGUGGUCACUGCAGUUAUGCUAGUGAUGACAAAGACGCUGUACGAAAACAUGAAAUUAUACAUGAUGAUGAAAAGCGUCACAAAUGUGGCCAGUGUAAUUAUGCUACCAUUUAUAAAAUAAAUUUACAGAUCCAUAAAUGCACACAUUCUGUUGAGAUACUUCACAAGAGACGCACGGAUCUCGAAGGGCAGCACAAAGAGUUAAAGUAUGGUGGAGCAGCGGCCAGCAGCAGGCGGCCCUCGCACGCCGCGCACGGCGACGCGCGUGACGCCGCGCACGACCACACUUACAGCGCCGCUCUUCCAGGCCUCGAGAGCGGCCUCGACGUGUCGUACGCGGAGAUCAAGAGAAAGACAGACGAAGAAACGACCGCAUCGUUAUACACCGGAUAG